AUGAUGCCCAUUGCCGUCGGCGAGGCGGCGCAGGGAACCAAGCACAGGGAAGCGCAGGCAUGCUGCUGCCCGCGCGACGGGGACCAGAGGGCACCAGAGGGGCUCCAGAGGAGACGACUGGAGACGGAUGCACCGCCAUGGGCUCCCUCGCAACGAUAUGCCAGCAUCAGAACAACAACAACAGCAUCAUCAACAUCAUCAACAUCAUCAUCAUCAUCAUCAUCAUCAUCAUCAUCAUCAUCAUCAUCAUCAUCAUCAGAGCAGCAGCGGCAAGCGAAGCUGCAAAGACACCCGGCGGCCAGCCACGCUGGUGCUUGGGCCCAUGGACACUACGACACUAGGCCCUCCACGCUCACCACCCACUGCACGGCUGCGCUGCUGCACGGCUGCACGGCCGUCCCACGAGUCGCCCACACGCCAGAGUGCGGGCCUGGAAAUAGAUUGGUGGUAGGGGUCUGCAGACCACCACUGGCCAAGCUCUUCCUCAAACACCGCUAG